AUGGCUGGAGAUGAUUCUAAUGACCUGCAUUCUCAGAUACAAAAAAACUGCUACCCAAUUAAUAGAAUGACUGAAGAAAUAACAAAUUAUUUUGAAAAAACUGGUGUUAUUGCUAAAGUAACUGAUGUUUUAAAGCUGUUAUACGAAAUGAAUGAAAAACCAGAUGAUCCUUUGGAAUUUAUGCGUACUAAUAUGGCUGAAGUUAUCCCAGAAAAGAUGGAGUUAACAAAGUUAGAAGAAGAGUAUGAUGCCGUGAUGCAAGAGAUUGCCAUACUUCAACAAGAGAACACGAGUAUGACCAACAGACUCAAGGAAUUAGAAACAAAUGAAAGUGAUAAUAAUAAUAUCGAAGAAAAUACUAUUAUUGGUUUUAGCGAUAAUGAUUAA